GACAACAUCAUCUCCCACCAUGGUCCGCUCAACAAUAAUAGUCCGCGCAACAGAUGCUUUGCCAAUGGCGGCAAGCGUGGAUGAUGAACAGACCGAGCAGGCUCUUCAGGAGCACAAGCAACAGUCGAAACUAAUUUUUCGACGCAUUACUCCCAACUCGGAACCGCGGUGUUCCAUCGAAAGUGGGCAGUACACGCUUCACUACCUCCUCGCGGAUAAUGUUGUGUACCUCACCAUUGCGGACAAAUCUUACCCGCGGAAACUUGCCUUCUCGUAUCUAGAAGAACUUUCAAAGGAGUUCUCCGUAUCUUACGGACCCAAAGUAGAGUCUGUGCGGAAACCUUAUGCCUUUGUCGGGUUUGAUACCUUCAUGUCCAAAACAGCACGGUUAUAUCAGGAUACACGCGCAGCUGAUACAGCUGGAUCAUCAAACUUGGACAACUUAAACAAUGAAUUGCAAGAUGUCACUCGAAUUAUGACCAAGAACAUGGAAGAGCUUUUGUGGAGGGGGGACUCGUUAGACAGAAUGUCGCAUCUGUCAACUUCUCUGCGUUCUGAAUCGGAAAAGUACCGCAAGGCAGCAAGAAACAUAAACAUCCAGGCGCUCAUACGACAAUAUGCACCAUUUGGUGCUGUGGCACUUAUUCUUAUCAUCAUGUUGUGGUGGCGGUUCUCAUGAACUGCAUUCGGACUCCUUCUGCGAAGAGUUGGACAUCUUUCAGCCAGGCAAAGUAAUCUAUUACCUUUUGCAAGACUUUUGUAAUAUUGUCUUCCAUUGGACCAGUAUGUCAUGUUUUCUGUUCCCAUCUGAAUCCUGGAAUCUACAGCAAGUGGCACCUCCUCGCCCCUUCGCAUUGCUGGUCAAGUACAAUAUUAGAACGGGUCGUAAUUGAUAUUGACGUCAACUCGCACGAUCUCCUCGUUCGUACCCUUCUUUACCGACAGUAAUAUUCUGACAUAGGCUGCUGAAAGUAUCGAAUAGUCUCGAUGAAUCACAUCAUGC